AUGAUGAUGAUAAAACAACAACUACAACAACAACAACAUUUCAUUUUAAUUCAUAAUAAUAGUCUUAAUAAUAAUAAUUUUUUAAAUAAUAAUAAUAGAGGAAUAAAAAUAUUGGGAUCAAAAGGUCUUGAUCUCAUCAUCACUGUGAAGCAUAGGUCAGAAGCCGACAUAAGAAGACAUAAUAAUCAAAACAAAAUCACUACUACUACUAUAGUUUGUUUAUUAUUUGUUGCAAGAACAAAAAUGAUUCAUAUUGAACCAAUGGAUAUUGAAGAACGAUCUUCAAAGAUGAUGUUGCAUUAUAUGCAAAGAAAGCAUUUUAUCAUCUUAUUGAUUGGAUUCUUUGUAGUUUAUGGAGCAUUUUUAAUUGGAGGCGGAGCUGGUCCAUCUGCCUAUGUUAAAUCACCUAGUUUUGUUGAUUUAUGUUUAAAUAAUGGUACAAAUAGUACAAACAACUCAAACAACAAUAUCAAUUCAUCAUUAUCAACAUCAGAUGAUGAAAAAUGUUCAGAUAUAUAUACUAAUGGUAGUAUACGUAUUUAUAAGACACUUGAUAAUAUGGACAAGACAAACCGAUAUUUUACGGCUUCGAUUACUCUUAUUCCAUCUCAACAAGCAAUUGACAAACUCAACCAAACAUCAGGUGGAGCUUCCUCGGUCACUAUCGAAUUCCCUGCAUUUGUAACGAUUAGUGCAUCCAACUUUUCCGAUCCUUUUAUUCAACAACAAUACAACAAAACAUUUAAAAUGGAUUGUAAAGUAUCAUCUGGUAGUUGUACUUCAAUUCUAAUGGUUAAUCAUAUUGGUAUAUUUAAUCCAAACUAUUAUAUCGAUAUCACUAUUUUCAAUAAUACCUAUACAGGAACUUAUUUUGAUGGUCAAUUAGAAUUUACUUUUGCAUAUAUGAAUUCAACAUAUUCAUUAAUGGAAAUAAUGAUUAGAUUGGCAUUUAUUUGUAUUACUGUUCUUACUUUGGCUGGAAUGGUAUUCUCUUUAAGAAAAUAUAAUUGGAGAAGUUGGACAAUUGAACAACAAUGUGUUGUUAUUCUUUUAGUUGCACUUUUCUUUUAUGAUAAUCCGUUUUAUUUAAUGACAUUAUUAUUCUCUGGUAUUGGAGCUGAAACUAUUGAUGGAUUAUUUGGGUAUAUUUUUGUAUCCAUUUUAUUUUAUUUUUGGUUUGUUUUAUUUGAUAGUAUUAGAAAGAAUGGACAAGAAUUUACAUUUAAAUCAUUUUAUUUACCAAAGAUUAUAAUGGUUUGUGUAUUCUUUUUAAUCAAUUUGGUUCAUAUUAGUAUUUAUGAAAGUACCAUUAAAAAUAAUCCAUUGGAUAGUCCAUACUCUAAACCAUCUUGGGCAAUAUUUACAUUAAUGGCAUCAAUAAUGAUAUUAAUAUUCUUGUGUUAUAUGGUUUAUUUGAUUGCAAAGGGAUGGAUGACCACCAAGACACUUCCCAUUGUUAAUAUCAAGUUAAAGUUGCAUUUGGUAUUUUCAAUGAUGAUUUUGGUUGCCUUUUCGUUGGGUGUUUUAUUCAGUUGGUUUGAUCCCAAGAACGUUUCGUCAAUUAUAUUCUUUUCGUAUUUUACCAUGCUCAAUCUCUACACUUAUGUCCUUGCCAUCAUCUAUCUUCCACACCCCAAUUCAGAACUACUCUACCAAUCAACAAGACUCCGAGAUGGUGCUGAUUUUAAUACUGGUCCCUCUGGUCACAUGAAACUAUCACAAAAAGAGGAAGAGGAAUUUAAUGAAGUUUAUUUGUAA